AUGCGCGCCGCGUUUCACGCACGUCGGCGUAACUUUGGCUACGAAGAGACCCCGCCGGUGCGCAUGCGUGGGAAAGAGAGUCAGCGGGGAGUCGUUAGCGAAUGUAUUUCCUUGUUCUUCCUAGGGCGAAGAACCAAGUUCAAGGAGUCUGUGCUCAAUGAAAUCGACGCCAACAAUGACCCCAUUCAUCUUUGGUGCAAAAGUGGAGUUAAAGACACGGAAGCACUCUGUGUUGUCUGCAAUUGCACUAUUGAUUGCUCACAACAAGGUAUUGCUGCAGUAAAACGCCAUGCAACGAUGAAAAAGCACAUCCAUGCUACUGCAAAGAACAGAGACAAAAAUGGAAACCUCCAGCCUCCUAAGUUGGUGCAAGCUGCUUUGAACUUUUCACCGGGAGCCUCUAGCACCUCUCUACAAGAUAAAGUUUUGAAGGCUGAAGCAAUGUUUGCCAUGUCUAUCACAACCAAGUGCAUCCCAUUUUCGUGGGGCGACACCGCAACGGAUAUCUACCACAGAAUGUUUCCAGACAGCAGUGUUGCCAAGGGCUUCAGAUGUGGCAGGUCAAAGCUGUCACGCAUCGUGUCUGAUGGACUGGGCCCAUAUUUCAAAUCUAAAGUGGUGGAUGAACUAUGUCAUCCGGGUGUUUUCUAUUCCAUUAUGGUGGAUGAAACACCAAAGCCUGACCAGCGAGUGCAGCAACUUGAUGUGCUUGUAAGGUUCUUCUCUGAAGCGGAACAGCAUGUUGUCGUUGAACAUGUCCAGUCGUAUAAUCUUGGACGGGCUACCGCUGAGAUCAUUGUCGGCUGUGUAGAAGAUGCACUUGUUCAGCUGCCACGACAGGGCAUCAUUUGUUUCUUUAGUGACGGUCCGAACGUCAUGAAAAGUGUCAGAAGAAAGCUAGAACAGCAUAUGACAUCAAGCAUUGCCGAUGUCGGUCACUGCAGCUUGCACAAAGUCCACAAUGCUUUUGCAAAGGGAUUAGAUGCUUUUGGAUCUGAUGUAGAAGAAGUGGUAAGAAAUGUUUACUAUUACUUCAAAUCUGCUGUCCGCUCAGAUAUAUUCAGAGAAAGCCAGAACGUCCUAGGUAUUCCGUCGCAUGUGUUUUUGCGACAUGUGUCGAACAGGUGGCUCACAUUACAAGAAUCACUGUGCCGUAUUCUGGAGCAGUUUGAUGCCAUUAAGAACUACUUUGAAAAAGCAAAGAAGACUGGCCAGCGCUCUGCUACCCAAAGUCUUCAUAACAAACUGGCUGUGGCAUUCUCGCAGAAACCACUUUAUGCUAAGGUACUUUUCCUGAAGAACUGUGCUGAGCUAUUCACAGGCUUCCAGAAGCUGUUUCAGAAAAAAGAACCACUUUUGACCAUUCUUCAUGCGGAAUUGUUGUCAUUAGUUCGGAGAGUUCUUAGCCGCGUCUUGCGCAAUGAAGCCUACCAGGGCAAGACUGUUGAUGAUCUGAAGAGCCUUAACCUGCAAGAUUCCACACUGUGGAAGACAAAGCCCGAGCUGGGUAUGGAUACAGAUAAUGCAAUGCGGAUCUGGGACAUCCCUGAAAAAAAGCGUUUGUGGCUUGGGGCCCGUGCUUUUUACAUAGCGUGCUCACAAGACUUGCUGCAAAAGCUACCUCUUGGAAACAAACUGCUGCAACAUGCAAGAAUUCUUGGCUUGCACUUCACAGAUGCAGACUCUGAAGCCCGCUCACGUCUUCUUGAGGGCCGUGCCUCUUUGUCUCUUCAUAGCCUGACUGGACUACGGCAGGUUAAGACGUAUUUGCAAAGAUACAGUGGGGAUGCCACCAAAGUACCCCUGUCACCUAAGCUACUCCGAUGUGUAAAGAAGGCAAGGACAUGUUAUGCAGAGAGGCUUGGAAAGGAAAGUGAGGAUUCAGAGGUGACGAAGCGUGCAACCACACAGACCCAGCCCAAUGCCAUUACUGUGGAACGUCUGAAAAAGGACCUAAAUGAAAAGGUUGAGUCAUGCCGCGCAUUACUUAAACGCGCAGAAGAGACAAUCUCUACUGGUUUGGCUCACAAGAGCAUGGAGCAGGUUCAAAUUGGGCAACUGUUGUUAGCUGAAGGGAAUGAGAGCUUGGCUGCUGCACUUCUCGAGCUUGAUGAGCUGGAAAAAAAAAGUAGCAAAAGCCACUGACGGAAAGAACUUUCCAUGUUUUCAUUGCGCAAUGUGUAUGGGUUAAAUACAAAAAACAUUAUUUAUGGU